AUGCUCGAGCGGCCGCCAGUGUGCUGGAAAGGGUUGCAGCUGAAUGAUUCCAAUUUGCUCGGAGCUGGCUCUUUCAUUGACGGCUCCUUCAGUCGCAGUCGGUCCUCUGAUGUCGACCUGAUUGUGACAAACCCGGCAAACGGGGGGAUCGUGCGCCGGGUUGUCGACAUCUCUGAUCAUGACGUCAAGAGAGCGGCUACCAGUGCAGAAACGGCGUUUCAGCUCUGGCGCCUCUCCUCGCUUAAGAAUCGCUCCGCCUUCCUUCGUCGGUGGCAUACCCUUGUCAUGGAGAAUCGCGAAGACCUUGCCCACUUGAUCACUCUCGAGAAUGGAAAGCCUCUGUCAGAGGCACGUGUUGAAGUUGACUACGCUGCUUCUUUCAUCGACUGGAACGUUCUUGCGGCUACGCAAGGACGCGGCUCACUAGCAGUGCAACACGAAGAAGAUCUAUAUGCCUCUACAACCCAUCAACCGAUAGGAGUAUGUCUGGUUAUCACGCCUUGGAAUUUCCCAGCGGCUAUGAUCGUCCGCAAGGUUGCUCCAGCGCUUGCAGCUGGUUGUGCCGUCGUUGCGAAGCCAUCAGACCUCACCCCACUGACCGCACUUGCUCUCGCUGAGCUAGCCUCACGUGCCGGUGCCCCGCGGGGUCUGUUCAACGUUCUAGCGACUACGCGCGCAGGUCCCGUCUCUGAUCUCGUAUUGCAGCAGAGAUGCAUCAGAAUGCUCUCAUUCACUGGGUCUACUCGUGUCGGAAAGUUGCUUGCUGCAAAAGCGGGACAACGACUCUUGAAGACGUCCUUAGAGCUGGGUGGCCAUGCCCCUUUUAUAGUGUACGACGACGCUGAUGUGGAGGCUGCCGUAGAUGGCUUGAUGAAAAACAAAUUUCGAGUUGCGGGGCAAACUUGCAUUGCGGCAAACCGUGUUUUCGUGCAGCGCGGUCCUAUCUACCACGAUUUUUGCACCCAGCUAACGGAAAGAAUGGCAAGUCUUGUGAUGGGGAAUGGUCUGGAGAAUGGCGCACAGAUAGGGCCAUUAAUUUCUGAGGCAGCAGUGGAACGCGUUACUGCACAUGUUGAUGACGCAGUCGCGCGUGGGGCAACCUUGGUGCUCGGUGGAACUAGCAAAACGAAGAGCAGCAGCAGCUCAGAGCUUGAGGCGUCCGACGACACCGACGAAGGCGAAGAAAAGGCAAGCUUGUUCUUUCCACCAACUUUACUGUUAGGUGUCACAGAUGAUAUGUUGCUUGCCAAGGAGGAAACCUUUGGGCCAGUGGUUGGAGUGUUAAUGUUCACCGAAGAGCGCGAAGUAAUAAGGCGAGCAAAUGACAACACAGAAGGAGGCCUUGCUUCAUAUGUCUACACCAGUGAUGCCGGGCGAGCACUGCGUGCUUCUAAAGACUUGAGCUUUGGGAUGGUUGGUGUGAAUGAGACAAAUGUGAGUAACUGUGCUACCCCGUUUGGGGGUAUGAAAGAGUCUGGCUUGGGACGAGAAGGGGGUGUGCAUAGUCUGGAAGCAUUCACGGAAGUAAAGUACGCGUUGAUGCGAUUCUGA